ACCGAUUUGUCUUUCUUGGCUUGCCGUAGUUGUUGUCAGGGGGCCUGUAGAAUUAAAAAUGGCGGCGCCCUUGAAGCUGCUUUGUGCUUCAGUCUUAAGGCAGACUGUUCGCCCCUUUUCAUCCACGUGUGCCGUUCAUGCAGGGAAGAAAUGGAGACUGGAGAACGGCUUGGCAUGGACUGGAUCAGAGUACGGACCAUUAACAGAUCUGCCUGACUGGUCAUUCGCAGACGGCAGACCUGCACCUCCACUGAAAGGACAAGUCAGGAGGCAGAAGCAGAGGGAGGAUUUUGCAAGGAGAGCAGUGAACCUGAACGCAGAAGUGGAUCAGGCGAUAAAGAGAUGGGGGGCAGAAAAGGAAGCACAGGAGAGAGCGAAAGAGCAGCUAAAAUCCUCUAUGCUAAAACCUAAAGGAAAACUGUUAUUAAAUAACACAAACAAACAAAAACAAACAAACAAAUAAAUAUAUAAACACA